AAUGGAUUCAAAAAUCGAAUCCCAACGAAGAUCUCUUGAAGAUUCUCUUCUGAACAGCUGUCACUUAGAGUCAAAAUGCGAAGCUAUUGCAGCUUACGACAAGAUAAACCAAUACACCAGAGACGACGCUUCGUUUGUAAUUGCCGCUGAAGCUAGGGAAAGCCUUGAAAAGAAAAUUGAAGAAAUCUUCGGAACCUAUGUUGAGGAGAACAACAACAUGGCGAUGGACGAGCGUGUCGAAAUCGAUGAGACCAGCAAUUAAGAAGGCGUAUGAGAUUUACAAAAGUAAAAUGAAUUCAAAAAUCUCCCAGCGAAGAUCUUUUGAAGAUUCUCUACUAAACAGCUAUCAUUUAGAGUUAAAAAGCGAAGCUAUUGCAGCCUACGACAACAAAAUCCAAUAUACCAGAAACGACGCUUCGUUUGUAAUUGCUGCCGAAGUUAGAAACCGCCUUGAAAAGAAGAUUGAAGAACUCUUCAGGACCUAUGUUGAGAAGAACAACAACAUGGCGAUGGCCGAGCGUGUCGAAAUCGAUGAGACCAGCAAGAAGGCGUAUGAGAUUUACAGAAGUAAAUUUGAUUCAAAAAUCAAAUCCCAGCGAAGAUCUCUUGAAGGUUCUCUUCUAAACAGCUAUCAUUCAGAGUCAAAAUGCGAAGCUAUUGCAACUUACGACAAGAUAAACCAAUACACCAGGAUCAACGCUUCGUUCGCAAUUGCAGCUGAAGCUAGGGAAAUCCUCGAAAUGAAGAUCGAAAAACUCUUCAGGACCUAUGUUGAGGAGAACAACAACAUGGCUAUGGACGAGCGUGUCGAAAUCGAUGAGACCAGCAAGAAAGCGUAUGAGAUUUACAGAAGUAAAUUUGAUUCAAAAAUAAAAUCCCAGCGAAGAUCUCUGGUAGCUGCUCCUCUAAACAGCUAUCACUCAGAGUCAAAAAGUGAAGUUAUUGCAGCUUACGACAAGAAGAACCAAUACACCAGCAACGACGCUUCGUUUGUAAUUGCCGCUGAAGCUAGGGAAAGCCUUGAAAUGAGGAUUGAAGAACUCUUCGGGACCUAUGUUCAGAAGAAUAACAACAUGGCGAUGGACGAGCGUGUCGAAAUCGAUGAGACCAGCAAGAAGGCAUAUGAGCUUUACAAAAGUACAAUGGAUUCAACCAUAAAAUCUCAGCGAAGAUCUCUUGAAGAUUCUCUUCUAAACAGCUGUCACUCAGAGUCAAAAAGAGAAGCUAUUGCAGCUUACGACAAGAAAAACCAAUACACCAGAAACGACGCUUCGUUUGUAAUUGCAGAUGAAGUGAAGAAAAGCCUUGAAAUGAAAAUUCAAGAACUCUUCGGGAUCUAUGUUCUGAAGAACAACAACUUGGCGAUGGACGAGCGCGUCGAAAUCGAUGAGACCAGCAAGAAGGCGUAUGAGCUUUACAAAAGUAAAUUGGAUUCAAAAAUCGAAUCCCAGCGAAGAUCUCGUCAAGAAAUUCUACUAAACCACUGUCACUCAGAGUCAAAAAGAGAAGCUAUUGCAGCUUACGAGAAGAAAAACCAAUACACCAGAAACGACGCUUCAUUUGUAAUUGCCGCUGAAGCUAGGGAAAGCCUUGAAACGAUGAUCGAAGAACUUUUCGGGACAUAUGUUCAGAAGAACAACAACAUGGCGAUGGACGAGCGUGUCGAAAUCGAUGAGACCAGCAAGAAAGCAUAUGAGCUUUACAAAUGUACAAUGGAUUCAAAAAUCAAAUCCCAACGAAGUUCUCUUGGAGAUUCUCUUCUAAACAGCUAUCAUUCAGAGUCAGAAAGCGAGGCUAUUGCAGCUUACGACAAGAUAAACCAAUACUCCAGAAAAGAUGCUUCGUUCGUAAUUGCAACCGAAGCUAGGAAAAGCCUUGAAACGAAAAUUGAAGAACUCUUCGGGACCUAUGUUCAGAAGAACAACAACAUGGCGAUGGGCGAGCGUGUCGAAAUCGAAGAGACCAGCAAGAAGGCAUAUAAGCUUUACAGAAGUAAAAUGGAUUCAAAAACCAAAUCCCAGCGAAGAUCUCUUGAAGAUUUUCAUCUACAUAGCUAUCAUUCAGAGUCAGAAAGCGAAGCUAUUGCAGCUUACGACAAGAAAAUCCAAUACACCAGAAACGACGCUUCGUUUGCAAUAGCAUCCGAAGUCAGGGAAGGCCUUGAAACGAAGGUGGAAGAACUCUACAAGACCUAUGUUCAGAAGAACAACAACAUGGCGAUGGAUGAGAAGGUGAAAGAACGCGCAAAGGUGGCCAAGGUUGAAGAGAAGUCUACAUUCGGCAAACUUAAGGAAGUUGCCGGAAACGUAGCAGAAAUUGCCCUCGGGCCCACAGCCGGAAAUAUCGUUAAGGAAGUUGGAGAGGCUAUACCGCUUUAGCGGACAAAAUUUCCCCUACAGCUUCGCAACGCGGGCUUUCGCUGUAGUUCCCAUGAUCGCAAUGAGAGGUCACGCCCGUUAUUUGCCAAGCAAGCGAGAAAAGUAAUAACAGGAAAAAACAGUGACAACCUCAUUUGAAAGAUUUAUUUCGUCGGAUGAAAUGAAACAAGGUGGGAUCAAUAUUCUGCAAAUGACACUUUAAUGCAAAGUUCGACUUUCUCUUAAUUUAUGAAGAUUAAGAGAGAUGAAGAUUAGAAGAUUUGAUUCUUCUGGAAGACUCACCAGGUGUAAAAAGUGAUGAUUCAGGUUUAUUUUACUUUUCUUAUGUAAGAGAGUUACAUGCAAGCGAUCCAAAUCAGUUGUUCUCAACUUCUCAACAAAAUAUUCAUUCAGCACAAUAUCAUGCGAGCAUCAAAAAUCAAGCUGAUCUUGAACCCUUGUAUGCUUCUAUCACUCAUCAACUUGGUAAGAUUUACGGACAUCAUCACUCUUUCAGAGUGAAUAAAUAAACGCCUUGAUUUGGCAUACUGCAUUUUAAUCACUGAUUUGAUUUGAUUUCGUUGGUUUGAUUUCGUUGGUUUGAUUUCGU